CCGGUAUCGCCUCAUAGAUGCAAAGCAUCUGCAUGAGUGCUUGCAUUGAUUUCGCUUACGGCAUCAACCUUUCUUCACCUUCCACGGAAGAAAGUGCCAGUCUAAAGCAUUGGUCAAUUUAACAACAGUCACGUGAUAUGGCGUCGCGUUCGAGUCUCGCCACGGUUUAACAGAGUCGACCACGCGCCCUUUGACCGAAAUGGCCGUCUGAGUCACUCGUCUGCCCUUCUCAAAAACCUUAUGUGAUUUAAAACGACCUUGUAGCCAUCAAGAAGUGAUUCGGACAUCUUUCCAUCAAAGUGCGACAUCUACGUCCAUCAAAUCACUUACCAGAUACUGAGCGCUCGAAGCUAAACUUAUAACUCUUCAACAGCAUACACCCUAAAACAAUCAUGGCUCGAGUAACAAUGCGAAAGCACACGCCUAAGCCUAUGACAAAAAGGCACGAUCUCAAAGUUCAGGAACUACAAUCCGUCUCAACCCGCAACAUCACAUUAGAAACCGUGCCAAGUCCCGAGGAAAUGGGUCCCCAGCUGCAACGCAUCGCAGCGAGCGACCGCACAGCCUUCGAGAAGAAAGUCUGGACACUUUUGUGCCAGAUCCCACCGGGAAGCGUCUCUACCUACGGGCUGAUGGCGUCGCAUCUCAACUCGUCACCGCGCGCCGUCGGCAACGCCCUACGGAGGAAUCCCUUCGCCCCACAGGUGCCGUGCCAUCGCGUCGUGGCGACUGGCGGCGCCCUCGGCGGGUUCAAGGGGUUCCCGUCUAAGAACGGGGAGGGCGUCACCAUCGGCGAGAAGAAGCUGCUGUUAAAGAGGGAAGGUGUCAAGAUUGAUGAGAAAGGGCGCGUACUCGGAACACCGUGGAGCGGAUUCGUGUCUUGACCCCCUCUUGAACCCAGUGGGGCGGAUGCGUGAGAUUACCAAGUAUGAGCGAGGCGUUUUAGUCAAGUAUUCUGUGCUGGAGGAGGAUAGGGAAAUUGCAUUUCGGGAAUGUUUUUGAUACGAGACGCUGGGAUUUCGGGUUGCAUGACGAUGAGAUCAUCAGGCUGUGGAACCUGAUGAAAGCAACGUUGUACACUAGGCAGCACGUUAGGGCGCGGAAAUAGGAUUAAAAUCCUCAAUGGGAUGAUCGAGUGUCGCACGUAACUAGAUCAACGGCCGAUUGCCGCUCGAUAUGUCCGGUUUCCGCUUCGUGUCACUCCGUCAGACCCCCGCCAGUCUUACCUUCUGGCGUCAGCGACAUCCGCAUCGCCAUGUGGAUCGACGUCUACUCAGCCCUGCUUACAUCUCUGGUCCAGCUCUCAACCCCCUUUAGCAACGGAGUUUCUCAUUCGAUGAUGAGAAUGAGAAGAGUGCUGCCACAUGUAUGUCUCAUUGUCGGAUAACUUGAAUGAAGCCAAAUGAAACCUGGAUAGCCACA